AUGCUGCGAACCCGUGCCUUUUCCACGUCGGCGCGAGUGCUGAGCUACAUUGGAAAGCAGCCCAUUCUCGUUCCCGAGUCGGUGACGCUGCAGAUCUCGCCCACUGAGGUGGUGGUUGAGGGUCCUCUGGGACGAGUCCAGAUGUCCAAGCCGACUUUUGUCAACAUUGCAUCGUCCCAGGACACCAUGAGCUCCGGCUCUGUGCUGUCUGUGUCGGUUAACGACGCCACCAACAAGACGCAGCGAGCCAUGUGGGGCACCAUGCGAGGCCUCAUCAACAACCAUGUGACUGGUGUGACUGAUGGCCAUGUCGCUCUUCUGACCUUGGUGGGAACUGGAUACCGAGCUGGAGUCGAGAAGGACGCCCACACCGGCGCUCCCAUUGUCUCCGUUCGAUGCGGUUUCUCCCACCCCAUCAACUUUGUCAUUCCUGCUGGCAUCGAGGUGACUACACCCAUCCCCACUCGAAUUCUCAUCAAGGGCGCUGACAAACAGCAGGUCAAGCUGUUUGGAGCUUCCAUUCGACUCAAGCGACCCCCGGAGCCUUACAAGGGCAAGGGAAUCUACCUCGACGACGAGACCAUCACCCGAAAGGCCACCAAGGUGAAAUAA